CACUUCCGAUUUCCUCGUUUUGCUCCCCCUCUUGAAGAGCAAGCUAAUGCUAUUGCUGCAAUGGCAAAGCUAAUUUGGUUGUGCCUGAAUUUUGUCAUAUUAUGCAGCACUGUCGGGGCUGUGUUUGAGGAUCAAGUAGGGAAAUUUGACUGGAGGCAGCAGUAUGUCGGCAAGGUUCUUUUUUCUAAUUUUGACGCACAGUCGCAGUCAUCCAAAAAGGUUAUCGUGGCAACAGAGAACAAUGUUUUUGCUUCCCUUAACAUCAGGACUGGAGAACUCUUCUGGCGACAUGUAGAUGCGAUUGGGCCGGAGGGAAAAAUCGACGCUCUUCUGCACCAUGGACAAGAUGCGUUGCUGGUUGUUGGUGAUGGCCGUCUGCUGCGCUCCUGGGAGAUAAAUAUUGGUGGUUUGAACUGGGAGAUUGUGCUGGAUUCUGGCAGUUUCCAGUCGGCUUGUUUAAUUGGACAGCAAGACAUCGUGAAGCACGUGGCUGUUUUAAAGAAAACUGCCAUCUCUCUCCAUUACCUCUCUAAUGGUCAUCAAAAAUGGAUAGAAAAUCUACCAGAAAGUGAAACCGUGGAUUACCAGUCUGUGUAUUCUGGUGGAAAUGGUGAGGUGUAUGUCCUGGGAAUCGUUCCCCAUUCCCACAUUGCAAUUGUUGUUUACAGUUUGGAUGACGGAGAGAUAAUCAGACAGUUCUCAGUGGAAGCUCCGUGGCUGUCUAACAUACAGGCCAGCUGUGCAGUGAUCGGCGAGGGCAUGUUGACGUGCGCGGACUCUGCCACUGUAUCCCUGUACAUGCUGGACUUGGAAUCACAGACAGAGAUGAGCCAGAUCCCCUUGCAGUCACUGGGACUUGAAGUCACUCCUGGUUUCCAGCCAGUACUGAGGUCCACUCAGCCCAACGCAGCUCGUCCUCCGCUGUCUGAGUUCUUCCUUCAAGUUGGGCCAGAACAACACCUGCUCCUCCAGCUCAACGACGGUCAGAUAGUUACUCUGAGGGAUUUCAAUCCUGCCUUGUUGGUUUCAUUUGCCACCACUGGAGAGAAGACUAUUGCUGCUGUCAUGUCACCCAAGAAUACAACUGCUUGCAGUGUUAACCUGUUCAGUGCAGAAACAGGGCGCAGACUUCUGGACACAACACUGAUUUUUCCUUUGGAUCCCAAUGGUGGCAAACCUGAGGAGCUGUAUGUACAAGCAUUCCUUAAGAAAGACGACUCUGUUGGCUACAGGGUCAUGGUGCAGACAGAAGACCACACACUCACUUUCAUUCAGCAGCCAGGGCGUGUGAUGUGGACCAGAGAGGAGGCCCUGUCAGAUGUGGUGACAAUGGAAAUGGUGGAUCUGCCUCUCACUGGAACGCAGGCAGAGCUGGAGGGCGAGUUUGGCAAAAAGGCUGCUAUUCAAGACGGCCUGUUUUCCAUGGUGCUCAAGCGGCUCUCCUCUCAGCUCAUCCUGCUGCAGGCGUGGAUCAGCCACCUCUGGAAGCUCUUCUACGAUGCGCGCAAGCCUCGCAGUCAAGUCAAAAACGAAGUGACCAUUGAGAACCUCUCCAGAGACGAGUUCAACCUGCAGAAGAUGAUGGUCAUGGUUACUGCAUCAGGGAAGCUUUUCGGGAUUGACAGCAAGACCGGCACUAUUGUAUGGAGGCACUACUUGGACAACAUCCCAGCUAAUGCAGCUUUCAAACUGAUGGUGCAACGGACCACUGCACACUUCCCUCAUCCGCCUCAGUGCACUCUGCUCAUCAAAGACAAGGACACAGGCCUGGCCACACUCCAUGUAUUUAAUCCCAUCUUUGGGAAGAAGAGUCACGUCACCCCCCCUGCUAUGCCUCAGCCGAUCCUCCAGUCCCUCAUGCUGCCUGUCAUGGACCAGGAUUACGCUAAGGUCCUGCUCCUCGUUGAUGACCAGUACAAGGUCUCUGCUUUCCCCUCUACCAAGAACGUCCUGCAGCAGCUCCAGGAGAUAGCCUCAACCAUUUUCUUUUACCUUGUUGACUCCAGCCAGGGAAGACUUUCUGGCUACAGGCUGCGAACGGACUUGUCGACCGAGCUGAUCUGGGAGGUGGUGGUCCCAACAGAGGUGCAGAAGAUUGUGUCGGUCAAAGGGAAGAGGCCCAACGAGCACGUGCACUCCCAGGGCCGAGUAAUGGGAGACCGUAGUGUCCUCUAUAAGGUACAAUGACUUCCCCUGAAAACUCACUUGUGG